AUGCCCACGGGUGCUGGCAAAUCUUUAUGUUACCAAUUUCCGGCUGUCUAUCGUGAUGGAAUUUCUAUUGUUAUUUCUCCAUUAUUAGCACUUAUACAAGAUCAAGUAGAAGCACUAAACUCCAAAAAUAUUGUAACAUCAACGUUAAAUUCAACAUUAUCACAACAAGAAAAAAAGCAGGUGCUAAUUGAUUUAUGUCAAAAACAACCCAAAACAAAAUUGUUAUAUGUUACUCCCGAACUAGCAGCUACCACAAGUUUUCGUGAUAUUAUAUCAAAAGUUCAUAAACGUAAUUUAUUGAAUUAUUUGAUUAUUGAUGAAGCACAUUGUGUAUCACAAUGGGGACAUGAUUUUCGACCAGAUUAUUUGAAAUUAGGUUCAUUACACGAAUCAUUAUCAAAUGUACCAUGUGUCGCUGUAACAGCAACAGCAUCUUCCAAAGUUAUUGAUGAUAUUUUCACCUCUUUACAUUUAAAUCAGCCAGUAUCUAAAUUUCAAUCGUCCGUAUUCCGUUCAAAUUUAUUUUAUGAAAUAUGUUUUAAAGAACUACUGCCUGAUCCAUUCAAUGAUUUAUGCCAGUUUAUACGCGAUUCAAAUUUAAAAUUUAGUGAUCAAGGUGAAUCAUGUUCGGGUAUUGUUUAUUGCCGAACAAGAGACUCUUGUACAGAUUUAGCACAGAAAUUGACUCAAACCAAAUGUUGUAUGGCUAAAGCUUAUCAUGCCGGAUUAUCAAAUACUACUAGAAAUCAAAUUCAAGCUGACUGGAUGAAAGGCACAACACAUAUUAUUUGUGCUACAAUUAGUUUUGGAAUGGGUAUUGACAAAGCCGAUGUUAGAUUUGUUGUGCAUUGGGAUUUAGCAAAAUCUAUUUCUGGCUAUUAUCAAGAAUCUGGACGAGGAGGUCGUGAUGGAAAAUUAUCCAUUUGUCGUUUAUAUUAUUCAUUGAAAGAAAAAGACACACAAUUAUUUCUAAUUAAUCAAGAAAUAAAUGACAGAAAACUGAGUGAUGAACGAAAAAUAUCGAUGUUAGAAGGUUUUAAUGCGCUUGUUGACUACUGUGAACAAGUUGUUUGUCGACAUGGUGUUAUAUGUUCGUAUUUUGGCGAAGAGGGAAAAACUUGUCUAACAAUGUGUGAUGUUUGUAAACAACGAAUAGAUGUUGAAAGAAAUAUCAAUCAAUUAAAAGUAUAUCAAAAAAAACAAAUGGAUAAUGCAGUGAAUAGAAGUACGAUGCGAGCUUCGACAAUAGGUGUUAAUCGUUUUGAAAGUGCAGAUAAUAUGUAUGGUGGAGGUAGAAGAGGAGCAAAACGAGAUUAUAUAGAAUAUGGUGCUACAAAUGACAACGAAUAUUAUCCGAGUAAAGAUGGUGACGAAGACAAAGAAGCGAGAAUGAAACUUGUACAAAAUGAAUUAAAACGACGACGGGGAGAUGUUCAAAAAAAAUCAAAUGACUGGAUUGCAGCAAGUGAAAAUUGUCCGCUGAUCGAUGCCAAUAGUCAAAAAAUACCUGAAGUGAAUAUUCCAUUACGUGAACAUUGUUUUAAGGUGUUAAAAGAUCAAUUGGUCAUUAAUUAUUGUCAACAUUAUGCGGGAAAUGCUGUACAAAAAAAGAUGAGUGAAACAAUUUGUCAUGAUAAAGCAGCAUGUCUUGAAUAUUUAGUAUUUUCAACGACAAAAAAUAAGGCAAUGUACAAAACACGCAUUAUGACAAAGACAAGUGAAAUUAAGAAAGCAACAUCAGACAAUUCAGAAAUCUAUUUUGUUGAUACUUCAACGUAUAAUUCAAAAUCCACCUCAAAAUCAUCGUUACUACUCUCAGACAAUGAGCAAGAAGUAAAGACACCUAAACGUAAAUUAUCAGAAAUAUUUUCAACAACACAAGAAGAGAUAAAAGAUAAUAACGAUUCAUCUGAAAUUUCUACGAUAAAUGAUGAACCAAUAAGAAAAAUAUUUAAAUUGGAUGAGAAUGAGUCAGUAUCAUUAUCGCCCACAAACACUUCAUUAAUCGAUCAAGAACAAAUUAUUUGUAAAAUUGAUACUAAUGAAAAAUUAGAAGUACCAUCAAAUGAUAGUUCAAUAUCAUUCCAUGAUACAAUAGAAUCCGAACAAACAUCAAAAACUGAAGAAGAAAAUAUUUCAAAAAUGACUGAAAAACGCGAACAACCAAUUCAAAAAUUUGUUGAUUUAUUCAAUAAUCAUCUUGAAGCAAAAACUCAAAAUAUAUCGAAUGAGGAAAUAUCGUUAACAGAAGAAAUAAAAUCGUUGACUAUACCAUCAUUAUUAGAAGAAAAUCAAUCCAUUGCAAAUGAUACACUCAAUCGUUCUCGUAGUCCAAGUAUAAGUAGUUCCAGUUUACACAGUAGUAAUGAUAGUUUAAAAAUUGAAGAUUUAGAUAAUGAUGAUGAUUUUGAGAAAUUAUUUACAAAUCGAAAACAGUCUCAUACAUCUCAACUAUUAUCACCCAUAAAACAAAAAAAAAAUAAAUCAAAAAAAUCGAAACAUGGACAUCGACAUAAUCAUCCAAAAAGUCCAGAUAUUGUGCGAUCAAAGAAAAAAGAUCUCAAUAAUCGUUCAAAAGACAAAUAUUCGAACAAAAAUAAUGAACAACUAAAACCACAAAAGAAACAAAAAUCCGAAAAUCCUCAAAAUGGUGUUUUAACAGCGAAAAAAAUUGACUCAUCUCGAUUGUUAAAACAACCACUUCAUCAAUCAGUAUCAACAUCUCAUAAUCGACAACUUUCAGUUUCUAGUUCGAAUAAUAAUGAUAAAAACGAUCGUCAUAAUCGUCGACCAUCUCUUCCUUCUAUUGGUUCAUCAUCUUCGACUUCUGUUACUGGUGAUGCUAAAGGAAAAUUAGCUCGUGGAACAUUUAAAAAAUGUUUAGAAGAACAGAUAUCAUUUUUAAGACAACAAUUGAGUGAACCAACUUCAAUUGGAUCACCACCAACAUCAAGAGAUAAAGAAUUAAAUGAAUCAGCAAAUGAUGGCGAUGAUAAUAUAAGUCGUGAGAGAAAACCAAGUUUAGAUGAACGUAUUCGAAAUUUAUUAGGAACAGUUGAAUUUAAUCAUCAAGAUAGUAGUUGUGGUACUCUAAAUAAUAUUAAUAAUCCAGUUGAUGAUGAUGAAUUUUUUAGUAGUUUAAUCACAGAGCCACUCAUUCGAACGACUAGACCAAAUCGAAGUUUAUCUAGUAGUAGUAAUGGUAGUCAUACAAUUAAGAAACUAAAUGAUAGUGUGAAUAAUAAUAAUCGUUCAAUGGUUAAUGGAGAAAUAAAUACGGAUGAUGAUGAGGAUGAAGAAGAUGACGAUGGACUUGAUGAUAAUAAUCGAAAUACAGUAUCUAAAAAUAAACAUGUAUCAUUUGCUGGUAAUGAUAGUAUUCAAUUAUUUCAGUCAAGUAAAAAACCGGUGAAAAGAUCAAAAGAAAGUAAACGACCUGUCAAUAUAAAAACAAUAUCGGAAGUUGUUGUUGAAAUAUUAAAUCCGUUUUAUCAAGCAAAUCGUUUUUCUACAAAAGAACUAUUUAAAACACUAGCCAAACGUAUAUCACAAUAUUUAUUAACAAAAGAUUGCCAGAAUAUUGAUGCUGUACGAAUGGAUGCCAAAUCAUUGAUUAAACCAGCAUUUCGUAAUAAACAUUCAAAAAUUACAACAUUAGCUGAUCUAAAAAAAAUUGUUCCUGACUAA